AUGGCACUCUGGCAUUGGCUUCUGACUUUUCAUCUUGGCCGAGCUGAGUGGCCCCUCCCUGCCGAGCAGCAUGAGCUACACGGGGUGCAAACCUUUGUACACUGGCCAGGCCGCGUGGAAGCAGUGCUGCUGCUUUUUCACGGCUGCAACAACCAGGGCAGCGACUGGUUCCAGAAGCCAGAAGAGGUGAUUUUCCUGAGAGAGGCUACUUCGCGCGCAAAUGCAGUGAUCGCAUUCACAACGCCCCGCCACAGAGGAAACUUUUGCUGGCCAAAUGCGGAUGGUGACAGCGACGACUUUGAAACAAGCGUAACAAUGAUAUACAGAGCUACAGCGGCGCUUCUUCAGAUGAAGGCAAAGCCAAAUGGAAAGAAGCCGACUUUAGUAUUGGUGGGAGCCUCCUCUGGCGGCGUUUUUGCGUCUCAUUUGCCCAACAAGUGGCAAGAUAGCCAGGAUGUCUGGAAGAUCAGUGCAUUCCUUUCAGUGGUCUCGCCUACAAGCUUCGUAAGGAAAGGCGAGCUGCUGCAAGCUCCCGGAGAGACCUUUCCCCGCACGGGCCUCGCCUACAUGCCCAAAGAUGUUUCCUUUGCAUCAGAGGAGGCGACAACUACACUCCUCGGAAGCCUUCAAAACUUGGGAGUUGCUGCCAAGGCCUGGGCAGUUCACCCGCGCCGGCUUACGCCUGCUGAUUUUGCAGAUCGCUUUCGAAGUGCAGGCUUGGUCAUUCAGGAUCACGCAGUAGAGAGAUUCAUCGAGGCAUUGAGCGACCUCGGGCUGGUAGAUGGUGGCGAGGUGCUAGAUGAUCCCAGGCGAUUUCCAUGGGAGAGGGCAAUCAGUUUGCUGAACAAGGACACGCCCCCCGCGUCGAGAAAGCUUCGACUUCGAUGCGCGGAGGAGCUCCUGAACCGCGCCUGGGCACAGCAUGAGUUUGCCCUGGCUGACAUCGCCUCGGAGGCCAGCGUCCAUUUGCCGGCAACAGGGCCCAUCAUUGAAGCGGCGCAGAACGCUAGUCGGAAAGAUGAUCACCUGUGUAGAGUGGGUGCCUGCGGAGCUAUGAGCCAUCUUUCCAGUCUCGGCAUGUGGCUCAAGGUGCUGGACUUUCUCCUGCCCCUGGGCAAGGAGGCUGUUCUCUCUAUUUGUCACUGCCUUUUCAGUACCCUCAAUGCUGGGCCGGCUGCCAGGUCACAGGAAGCUCAGAGCUUUAAGCAGGUGGAGCUCAGCAAGGAGAAGGCGACCUUUUCCAUUGAGCUGGUUGAAGACCUGGUGCACUUCGAGAGCACGCAUGGUGCGACAUUGCGAAGCUCGACUGGUCGAAGCUCUGCGUGCGUCGCUCACGCUACCAGCAUCAAGAGGGAUUCGGUUGGAGCCAACUCUGAAGAGGAGGUCCAAAAUGUAAGCCUGCCGAAGUCGACUUCACCAUUAGACUAG